GAGAGCACCUGGCCAAAGAAACGCACGCAGAGACAGACCCAUCAGGCUUGGCGUGCGCUGUGGAGUCUCCAGAUACAGGACUCUACAGGCCAGGGCUGCAGUUUUCUUCCUUGGACUCAAAUAUCCCAUCGGAGUGCUGCAAAAAAGCCCACGACCGGCAAGCUGCCUAGGGAUGGCCACAUGUUCGUGGAAAAAAGGACCCUAGGAUCAGAGACUGAAAGUUCUUUUUGCACCAAAGAGGGGUCUCUAGGUAAAAGGAGAGGUUGGGAAAGAAAGGAAAGAAUCGCUGGAAUUUUGGUUAAGAAUAAGGGAGCACAGGAACAGCUCCUGGAGGAGACGGCUCUGGCCGAUGCAGACGAGCAGUGCAAGGCAGCUAUCCUCAGCCUGUCUAUAGAACCAGCUCCAGCUUUACAUGACAUGCUCCAGGUGUGUGCCAGGAAGAUUCCCUUCAUAAAAGCUCAUCAAAACCACAAUUCCAGAGUCAAGCCACCACAAAAAGCUGCUGCAAACACCGUGCUUCCUGUACCUAUACCACGGCCACUGCCCAAGAGAAGAACAAAGUGUCUCCUGUGCGAUCAGGCUGGACCUGGGGUAUCUCAAUGCCCUUUGAAGAAGCCAUUUCUGGACUUUCAGGACAAUGGGGGCGGGAGGUCUCAAAGGUCUAAAGGGAAUUUUUCAAAGAAACUAGAAAAUGUAAAUGUUAAACUAAAUAAUCUUGCUUUAACCAAUUCUGCCUUUCAGCAAAAGUCACCAGAUAUGAUAGUAAAGGAUCCAGUGACCAGAGAAACAAAAAAUCCUCAUGAUCAGGUUACCUGGGGUUGUGGGUACGCCUAUGUGUCCACUCCCCCAGGUCUCAAGUAGGUGCCAGCUGAGGGGGUGAAACCUUUCAUCCCUAAAACUGCAAAACCCCCUGCAGAGGGCCCACAAGUGGCCAGUGCUGCCUGGAGGAGGAGAAAGCGCUGAACCCUCUCCUUCUAAUUAUCAUUAUUCCUUGACAGUGUCUUUCUAAACAGUUUGCACUAAAGGUCAUUUUUCUUUUGUAACUUUAAAGGUACUCAAGGUCCAAACUCUGAGCAUCUCCCACGA